AUGCAGGAGGCCUCGUCGUCUUCUCUCCCGGCGCUGAGCAGCGCCUACCAGCCUCUCCCGUCGCUCUACCUCGGCUUCUUGGCGAUAUGGGCGGCGUCGGGGAUCUCCUGGGCCUUCAGCUCAUGGAGGAAUCGGCACUUCCAGGCGAAUAACCUUCAAUGGAUCCUGGCCUUGGUUCCCCUGAUCAAAGCUUUGCAAAUGGCACUCUCGUUUCUGUUCAGGUACUCGUGCGUACACCUUCACACAUGCUCGCUGUGGAUGUCGUUCGGCGUGUACGUGACGGGGAUCCUCUUCCAGACGGCCUCCUUCGUCUCCUUCAUGCUCAUCUCCCACGGUUACUGCAUCAUGUACGAGCGCCUCUCCAUCAGGGAGAGACGCACGACUGCGGGGCUCGGAUGCCUCCUCUACCUUAGCCUCAUAGGCUAUAAAGCCGCAGUCCCUUAUUUCACCGGUUUUCUUCUGAUGAACUACUUCGCGUCAUUCUACAUCAUAUUCCGCCGCACGUCGCAGUGCCUGCUGGUUCUGCGUGAGCAGCUUAAUUUCGUGGAGGAGGAAGACAUCCAUUCACUGCAUGGGACACUCAACACCAAGUACACAAUGUUCAAGAGAUUUCAGGGUACAAUGCAGGUGGCAGCAGUGGCAUUCAUCAUGGUGUACAUGAGGGCUGAUGAUACGCCGGAUAACUACUGGUUCCGCGUGUUGGUACGCGAAUGGGUGCAGUUCUGCAUCUUCAUGUACAUUGGGUGGAACUUCAGGAUCCCUGAAGCAUCACUCCACCUGCCGGUCAUGCCCCUGAUGAAGUCAAACUGGGAGAUUACCAUGCCACCCAUUUACAGCGUGGAAAUGGACGCAGCCGAUUUCAGAGGACUCGUCUCGGACCAAUGGCAUGUUGGAGUGAGGACUUCUCAUGCCGACGCAUGCUACUCUUCACAGCCGUUGCUGGUGCUAGUUCAGAAUCCUAGCCCGAAGGUCUCCCGUGCCGCCGUAGCUUCAGGUUUCAGUUGA